UAUGUAUGUGCCGUGUGCCGUGCUGUGCCGAGAGACCGACAAAACCAAGACAUUCCCCCCCCGGCUCCCCCCCCCGGACUUGGCUUUCCUCUGCAGGCUGGUUUCCUAGUUCUUCUAUUCUUGUUGCUGUUUGUUUGAAGGUCGUCGAAAAUUCUCUGAUUUGCUCGCUGGUCGUGCUGUUGUGAUAUAGCUUCUCUCUACCUCGGGACUCGUUGUUUAUCUCCUAUAUUUCCUCUUAGGGGUUUUCCCUCCACUUCCACGAUGCCGCCCAAAAACCCCGACGCCCACUACGCGACCGUCUCGCGCACGGAUAGCUACGACGACUCCUCGGCGACCGAGGUCGACGAGUCCCUCAUGGGCGACGAAAAGCAGUGGCACUCGAUCGACCUGAGCGGCGAGCAGAGCACAAGAGCCCGCUCGUGGAAGCGCGCCAAGGCCACCCUGCGGCGGCACCGGUGGCUCAUCGACACGCUGCUGCUGCUCACAAACAUCGGGCUCUCGCUGGGCCUGUCGCUGCUCAUGUACUACCAGUUCGAGGACGCAAAGUUCCCCGCGAGCGUGCGGCAGAUCGGCGGCGACUUCAGCGGCGCCGGACCGCAGUUCCCGGUCAAGAUUCAAAAAUUCGAUGCCGACUACAAGGUCGUGCCGCCGAACGCCACGGAUUUCCUCUCCAAUUCCACGAUGGAGCAGUGGCAAUCUCUGUUUCCGGCCGGAGCGGGCUGGAAGGCUAAGGACGACGAGCCGAUUUUCGCCACCACAAUGACGCACCAGCUCCAUUGCCUAUACAUGAUGGGGAUGAUCUACUCCGGCCUCACCACCAACAAGGUCGACAUGUUCACGCCCGACUACAACAUCCACUUCUUCCACUGCAUAGACUACCUCCGACAGGCCGUCAUGUGUUCCGCCGACCUGGCGCUCGAGCCGCACCUUAUCACCGACCCCGACGACAACGGACCCGGCGACGGCAGCUGGAACGCCAUGCAUGUUUGCAAGGAUUAUGGCCAGGUGAUCAAGUAUCUAGACCGCCAAAUAGCGGAAGGGGUCCGCGUUGUUUUGCCCAUUGUCGAUUAGCGUAUUUUUUUUCUUAGCGAAGGGGCUUUGGUCUAUUUUUGGUUGUCUAGCGAAUAUAUCACUUUGUAGAUCUAACGUUGUAUGAAACACCAUCUU